GAGAUGCGUCCGGAGACGGUGGGGAGCGAAGACUGACCCGGGGCCGUGACGCGGGGGCGGGCCCUGGGGCGGGGGCGGGUCCUGGGGACUGGGGCGGGUCCUGGGGACUGGGGCGGGCGGCCGAGGCCCGGAAGCGGACUGAGGCGACCUGGAGUCUUAGUUGGCUACUCGCCAUGGACGAAGCGGAUCGGCGGCUCCUGCAGCGGUGCCGGCUGCGGCUGGUGGAAGAGCUGCAGGUGGACCAGCUCUGGGACGCCCUGCUGAGCCGCGAGCUGUUCAGGCCCCAUAUGAUCGAGGACAUCCAGCAGGCGGGCUCUGGAUCUCGGCGGGAUCAGGCCAGGCAGCUGAUCAUAGAUCUGGAGACUCGAGGGAGUCAGGCUCUUCCUUUGUUCAUCUCCUGCUUAGAGGACACAGGCCAGGACAUGCUGGCUUCGUUUCUGCGAACUAACAGGCAAGCAGCAAAGUUGUCGAAGCCAACCCUAGAAAACCUUACCCCAGUGGUGCUCAGACCAGAGAUUCGCAAACCAGAGGUUCUCAGACCGGAAACACCCAGACCAGUGGACAUUGGUUCUGGAGGAUUCGGUGAUGUCGGUGCUCUUGAGAGUUUGAGGGGAAAUGCAGAUUUGGCUUACAUCCUGAGCAUGGAGCCCUGUGGCCACUGCCUCAUUAUCAACAAUGUGAACUUCUGCCGUGAGUCCGGGCUCCGCACCCGCACUGGCUCCAACAUCGACUGUGAGAAGUUGCGGCGUCGCUUCUCCUCGCUGCAUUUCAUGGUGGAGGUGAAGGGCGACCUGACUGCCAAGGAAAUGGUGCUGGCUUUGCUGGAGCUGGCGCGGCAGGACCACGGUGCUCUGGACUGCUGCGUGGUGGUCAUUCUCUCUCACGGCUGUCAGGCCAGCCACCUGCAGUUCCCAGGGGCUGUCUACGGCACAGAUGGAUGCCCUGUGUCGGUCGAGAAGAUUGUGAACAUCUUCAAUGGGACCAGCUGCCCCAGCCUGGGAGGGAAGCCCAAGCUCUUUUUCAUCCAGGCCUGUGGUGGGGAGCAGAAAGACCAUGGGUUUGAGGUGGCCUCCACUUCCCCUGAAGACGAGUCCCCUGGCAGUAACCCCGAGCCAGACGCCACCCCGUUCCAGGAAGGUUUGAGGACCUUCGACCAGCUGGAUGCCAUAUCUAGUUUGCCCACACCCAGUGACAUCUUUGUGUCCUACUCUACUUUCCCAGGUUUUGUUUCCUGGAGGGACCCCAAGAGUGGCUCCUGGUAUGUUGAGACCCUGGACGACAUCUUUGAGCAGUGGGCUCACUCUGAAGACCUGCAGUCCCUCCUGCUUAGGGUCGCUAAUGCUGUUUCGGUGAAAGGGAUUUAUAAACAGAUGCCUGGUUGCUUUAAUUUCCUCCGGAAAAAACUUUUCUUUAAAACAUCAUAAGGCCAGGGCCCCUCACCCUGCCUUAUCUUGCACCCCAAAGCUUUCCUGCCCCAGGCCUGAAAGAGGCUGAGGCCUGGACUUUCCUGCAACUCAAGGACUUUGCAGCCGGCACAGGGUCUGCUCUUUCUCUGCCAGUGACAGACAGGCUCUUAGCAGCUUCCAGAUUGACGACAAGUGCUGAACAGUGGAGGAAGAGGGACAGAUGAAUGCCGUGGAUUGCACGUGGCCUCUUGAGCAGUGGCUGGUCCAGGGCUAGUGACUUGUGUCCCAUGAUCCCUGUGUUGUCUCUAGAGCAGGGAUUAACCUCUGCACUACUGACAUGUGGGGCCAGGUCACCCUUUGCUGUGAGGCUGUCCUGUGCAUUGUGGGAUGUUCAGCACUGUCCCUCGCCUCAAUGCCAGUAACGCGUCUUCCUGAGUGGUGCCAAACAAAAAGGUUCUCAGGUGUUGCCAAAUAUGUCCUGGGGUAUAAAACUUUCCUCGCCUGACAACCACUGGUCUGUAGGGAUUUUUGGCUACACACAAACCAGUAUCUCUCAUAGAUCAGCAAGCCGGGGCCUACUAGAGUCUGAACAGCUGUAAUCUAUGAAUUCUAAGUGAAAUUUUAAAAAUUGUUAAUUUUUCCUAUAUUGCAUUAAUUUUAAAAAAUAAAUCUGAGGCAAAUAUGGACUCUCUUUUGCCUAUUUCUUCCCUCAUUUUGCUCCAACUCUUUCUUCUUCCUUACAAAAGAGACUUUUGCUUUUUUCGAAACAUUUCCCCAUGUUUUUCUGGGGUCUCGCUAUGUUGCCCAGGCUGGUCUCAAACUCCUGGGCUCAAGUGACCCUCCAAGUAGCUCUUACUACAGGCGUGCACCACUGCACCCAGCCCCAUUUAUUCAUGUCUUAUUUCACUUGAUCCUUAUCCCAUCCCAGGAAGGCAACAAGGGUGAGAACCCUGUGCUCAGGGAGGUUAGGUCUCUUGUCCAAGGGAAAACGAUUAUCCAGAGAAGAGACCUGGCCAGAACCUGGGUCCCCUGAGUCCCAGCCGUGCCUCCCAUGUGCCUUGCUUGCUGAAGCACCCCUGGACUGCAGUGUGAAUGUGCUGUGCAAUAGUGACACGCUGGGCUUCCCCACAAGGUUCCACCCUGAGGUCUUUUAAGCUGUCCUUAUGCCAGCCUAUUUCUUGUUUUUUUGGGCCUUUUUUUUGGAGAUAGGGUCUCACUCUGUCGCCCAGGCUGGAGUGCAAUGACGCAAUCUUGGCUUAUUGCAGUCUCGACCUCCUGGGCUCAAGAGAUCCUUCCACCUCAGCCUCCUGAGUAGCUUGGACUACAGGUGUGCACCACCUCUCCCAGUUAAUUUUUGUAUUUUUAGUAGAGACAGAGUUAUGCCAUGUUACUCAGGCUGGUCUUGAACUCCUGGACUCAAGCGAUCAGCCUGCCUUAGCCUCCCAAAGUGCAGGGGUUACAGGCUUGAGCCAUUGCGCCUGACCUAUUUCUGGUUCUUAGGGCCCUGGAUGUUAGGAUGGAUUUCUGAAUUAAUAAUAAUAAUAAAACCCUCAUCAAGAUGUGAUUUGCAUAGUUGUCACUUUAUAUAAUAUUAUUUUCCUUCUGUGACCUUUCCAAGUCUGAAACAGUCCCAGGGACUUCUUUUGGUUAGUUAUUUGCAAUCACCUGCAGGACACACACACAAGAAAAUCGUCAGGUUCACAUAACCGCGGAGCUGUGCAUGGCAGUUUCCUGUCUUUGUUCUCCUGGGCUAAGCUACUCAAGUGAGUCACAGGCAGCCCACACUACAGUAGCUCCUGCCUGAGGAGUUCAGAUGAUGUUUCGGAGAAAAAGAUGCAAUCACAGCUUUUCAUUGACCUGUUAGGGUCUUCCUGUAAAGGGGGUCUUAGCCAGGAGUCCUGUGUGGGCUUCAGGUUAGGGGGCCUUCGAACCCCCUAAAAAUUAUAUGCCAAAUGUGCGGAUGGCAUAUUUUUAGAUUUCAUUUGUUUCUCAUCAAAACUGCUGUUUGCAAGGCAGUUAUGCACUGUGGUUGGGGCUAUAACUGUUUCCAGAGGCUGUUGAUCAGUGUCUGUUAAACUUUUUUUUUUUUUUUUUUUUGAGACAGUCUCACUCUGUUGCCCAGGCUGGAGUACAGUGGCAUGAUCUAGGCUCACUGCAACUUCUGCCUCCCAGGUUCAAGCAAUUCUCCUGCCUUAGCCUCCCGAGUAGCUGAUAUUACAGGUGUGCACCACCACGCCUGGCUGAAUUUUUUGCAUUUUUAGUAGAGACAGGGUUUCACCGUGUUGGCCAGGCUGGUCUCGAACUGCUGACCUCAAGUGAUCUACCCGCCUCGGCUUCCCAAAGUGCUGGGAUUAUAGGCGUGAGCCACCGUGCCCAGCCUGUUAAACAUUUUGAUAUGCCAACUUCAUGAUCCAGUGUUGUAAACGGCAGGAGAUCCAGCUGCUACAGCACAAAUACUCAAACCAGUAUGCAAGAAUUAUGUCCAAGGAUGUUCAUUGUACAAUGUAAGAGUGAAAAAUAGGAAACAUGAAAGCUGCAUUCAUUACACUCAAACUAUGGAAUACUAUUUAGCUGUUCAAAAGAGUGACAUGUAUGUACUGACAUGUAAAAUGUGAUAAGGUGUUAAGUGAAAAAUAGCUGCAGAACAGUAUGAAGACUCAGAUCCUAGUUUUUGCUUAGAAGACAGUGUCUGUGUGUGUGUGUAUAUAGAUAGAUAGAUAGAUAGAUAGAUAGAUAGAUAGAUAGAUACAUAUGCACAUAAAGUUGAGAAGACCACACACCAAGCUUUUAACAAUGAUUGGCAGGGCAAAGUGGCUCACGCUUGUAAUCCCAGCACAUUGGGAGGCUGAGGUGGGCAGAUCACCUGAGGUCAGGAGUUUGAGACCAGCCUGGCCAACAUGGUGAAACCCCAUCUCUACUAAAAAUACAAAAAUUAGUUGGGCAUGGUGGUGCACGCCUGUAAUCUCAGCUAGUUAGGAGGCUGAGGCAGGAGAAUUGCUUGAACCCUGGAGGCGGAGGUUGCAGUGAGCUGAGAUCAAGCCACUGUACUGCAGCCUGUGCAACAGAGCGAGACUCCAUUUGAAAAAAAAACGAAACAAAAACAAUGAUUACCUCUGGAGAGUGGAAUUGGAGAUGUAAAAUGAGGGGGGACUUCUACUUUUUUACUUGAUACACUCCUGUAUUCUUUUAAUAUUUUUACAAAGAGUAUGUAUUACCUUCUGGAAAAAGAAUAAAAACUAAGGAUUGCUGGA